ACUUUGAAUAAUAGGACGGUGGUGCAAUGCACGUGUGCUUCUCGCAACAUCAGGAAACAUAUGCCUUAAACGCAAAUCUUAAUUUCUGAAUGUACAGUGCUAGAUUAGGGGCUGGACUGGUCUAGUUGGAGGUUCUGUGGUUUAAGGUCUUGGGGCGGAGGAGAUGAUGCAUCGGGUUCUGUCCCAGGGUUCAUUGCGGCAGAUGGCCUGUGUGAGGGCAAUGGGCAAGACUCAUCUGGCCAUGUGUUGUGUGGGCCCAGGCCAGCGCUGGGUCAGUACCUCAUUCAUUACCAGAGUAGUAGACCGGCUCAAGCCCAAGCCACCCAGAACGGACGACCAAGAACCGCCCAGUCCUCCUCCUAGCCUUGCCGGGACAGAGCCCCUAUACGUGCCAGACUCCGCAAGGCAGCCUCCGGAAGCACCACCAGAGGCCCAAGAGAUAGACCCCCUGCAGGACAAGUCCAUUGGCCUGGUCCAGAGGUUUAAGAAGACAUUCAAGCAGUAUGGGAAAGUGAUGAUCCCUGUUCAUCUCCUCAGCUCCACCAUCUGGUUUGGGACCUUCUACUACGCUGCUAUGAAGGGAGUGAAUGUGGUGCCGUUCCUGGAGUUUAUUGGUUUGCCGGAGAAGAUUGUUGGUCUGCUGAACAACUCUUCAGGUGGAAAUGCCCUUACUGCCUAUGCCAUGUACAAGAUUGCAACUCCAGCCAGAUACACAGUGACUCUGGGUGGGACUUCACUCUCGGUGAAGUAUCUCCGUAAACACGGCUACUUCUCUACCCCUCCACCAGUCAAGGAUUAUCUUCAGGACAGGAUGGAGGAGACCAGAGAAAAACUCACAGAGAAAAUGGAAGAGACUAAGGAACUGUUCUCAGAAAAAAUGGAGGAAACCAAAGAACUACUAUCAGGAAAAAUGGAAGACACAAAAGAACGAUUUUCUGAAAAGAUGGAGGAGACAAAAGAGAGAUUUUCUGGGAAAAUGGAGGAGACCAAAGAACGAUUUUCUGGAAAGAUGGAGGAGACAAAAGAGAGAUUUUCUGGGAAAAUGGAGGAGACCAAAGAACGAUUUUCUGGAAAGAUGGAGGAGACAAAAGAACGUAUAUCUGGAAAGAUGGAGGAAACAAAAGAACGUUUCUCUGACAAACUAAAAGAAACUAAAGGCAAUGUGGCUUACCGAAAGAAGAUUGAUUAAAUUAACCUUUUUACAAGUUGUUGUUAUAACUAAUAUCUUGUCUUGAAUGUGGUUUGUUCAAAAACCAGAAUUACGACACUUAUGUUGUAUAGAGAAUAAUGGGGUCCAUACAUAUCAUGGUACUAAUUGCCACCAUUAUACCUGCAAUAAGAGGGGGAUUCCCCCAGCAGUCCAUACUAUGAUACACUAAAGACAAUUAUGACUCUGGGUAGAAGGAAAAAUAAGAUAUCGGGUUUUACUCACCAUCGUCCAAUAAAGCCUUACUGAGGCUCUAACUGCUUGUCUUUUGUCAUUUGUAAAUCAUGUUUUGAAAUUUAUUUUCUUUUUUACCUCCUAGCCAAAGUAAAUAUAUUGCUUUAUCAAUGUGUUGUACUGGUUGCACUGUAAUGUCGACUUAAAGUGGUGCGCAUAAUAGGCUUAAAUGUUAGAGAAAUCGGUUAAUUAUUUAAUUCAUUAUGUUGCUGUGUGGAUAAUAUAGAAUAAUUAUGUGAAGAUGCAAUGAAAUCAAGACUGGUGAUUUUUGUUUAACUCUUGCAGUCUGACUUGAGGGUUGUCGAGUACUUUGUAAUUCACAAACAUCUCUGGUGUACUCACAUGUUGUAAUAAAGCAGAACAUUGAGCUUCUAAACACAGUCUUCAAACCAUA